GUCCGAAACCAAUACAACCGCGCCGCACCGAGGCAGCUCGCUUCGCCAAUUCGAACGUCGGCGGAUUAUUCUACGGCAUUGAUAACAGGGCAAAAUGAGUCAAGAGACGCAAAUAGACCUGCAGGCGCGGAUUGCUGCGCUUGCUGGUCAGAUCAACCGUCGCAAACAACAACCGAUUCCACACCAACAUGCUGUGCACGGUGGUCCACAACAUGGACGUGGCGCCAGCCGAUGGGCCCCAUACACGCAUGGCGCGCGCGCUGCGUUCCCACGCACCAUCUCAAACCACCUGCUGGUCAACGGCAGUGGCGAGCACCCGAUCCUGCUCGACGACGAGACGCAGUUGAAGACGCCCCAGGGCGCGCCCAAGGCUUCAGCCGAAUUUGUGAGGUCUCGCGUAGGUAACAGAGCGCAGCUUAUGACUAAGGAGACCUACGAGCGCGAGCGACGACGACAGCAAGAAUACCAGCAGCACCGAUCGCCGAACACACCAUACCCACCUCCGUCGCGGUCGACAGGCCUUGUACAAGAGACGCAAUCCAAUGCUCAUGCACCUCGCGUUCUUCAGUUUGACGACAUCAAAUUUGAGCUUCAGCUGGAUGGCAGCAAGCUUGUUCGCCUCUCCGAUCCAGCCACGGCCGACAAGGAGACGCCUAGAAAAGUGAAUAUUGCAGACAUUGAAUUCCUGCGCACCAAGAGCGGGAACCUCAUCCGAGCUGCAACCACUUCGCAAAAUAAGACCAGGUAUCAGGAACCACUUCAUGCGCUUAAGCUGAUGAACAGCGCUCACACCAUAUCCGUUUCAGGCCCACCGCACGAGCUCCGACAAAGCAAUGCGACAAGUUCACAAAACAUGGUACCAUAUCACCCAUCAUCAUGCCACGGCGCCGCACCGCACCGCACGAAGGCCAUUGACACACCCUAUUGUUCCAGGCACGCCGGUAAGUUUUCGGGCUACAUGCUGACAGACUGUGCAGGUAACUGUCCUCAUGGUCCCACCUGCAACGAUCGCCACGACCCAAGCCGAAUCGCCAUCUGCAAGGAGUUCUUUGCGACUGGUUUUUGUCAAGCUGGCAAGAGCUGCGAUUUGUCUCACGAGCCGAGCUAUCACCGUGUGCCCGCGUGCAUCCAUUUCCUUCGCGGCAACUGCACGAAAAGUGCAUGCCGGUAUGCUCAUGUCAAUGUCCCUGCUUCCGUUCUAGUUUGCCGCCCCUUUGCCACUCUCGGCUACUGCAGCAAGGGCGUCAAAUGCGGCAAUCGUCACGUUUUCGAAUGUCCUGACUAUACUAACCUUGGCCACUGUGCUGCUCGUGAGAAACGUGCAUGUACUCUGCCUCAUAUCGACCAUGCCAAUACACUGCGAAAGGCUGCCAAGCGGCAAGGAAAACAGAGUUCUGAGGAUGGUUCCGAUGUGUCCAGCGACGAGGAAGAGCAGGCCAUAGCAGCCGAGACAGAUGAAGACUCAGAUAUCGAGAUCACCAUGGGCACAGACGAUAGUCAUCAGCUCACACAACAGCAAGAUUAUGUCGGCUUCACAUGACGCAACCUCGUGAUGGGGGCCGUCAGAGAAGUGUAAGCCGUACAGCACACGAUUACAGCCGGCGCGUUUGCCAGCAAGCCUCUCAUGGCCAAUUGCUUCGAGACUACGAUACAGAUAUAGCUCUAGCAGAAGAAAAAGAAUGAAGUUUUAAC